AACGUCUAAAAAGGCGAAAGAAAAACACGGCCCCACUCUCUUCUCCUAGCCGCGUUUAGCCACAGAAGAGAGCCGGCUCACAUUUUCGUUCGGCUCUGGGCGUUAUCUUAUCUCCGUUCGCCUCCACGUUAUAGUCUGUAGCGGUGGCGAUGUCGAGGCCUGUAGAGUGCCCUCAAGUACACUCAGUGCAGGUUCUGCCAGUGAAAGAGCAGCAAAACGAGCGAGUUGAAAAAAUUAAGUUAAACCAUUUUCCGCUUCGCAUGAUGUAAUGGAAACCAAACUACGCGCGGUUAGCGGUUGCUGACACGCCGCAGACGCCCCUUCUCCUGCGGUGGGAUCAGUGAGGACGCAGCAGCAAGAUCAUGGCCGACGCUGACAGGGAUCCGCCCUUGCAUCGAGUUCGUCACCAGGCGUGUGGCAUCAACUGGCGACCGACGAGAUUCGUCGACGACGUUCCGUACUACCACACCUGCGGUCUGUGCAGGUUGAUACCGAAGAAGACAGUGUUGUUGCCCUGCUCUCACGUGCUGUGCCAGUCGUGUCACAAGGGCAGUAUUGAGGAAGACGGUGGUGAUAGUGGCGUAUGUCCCUUGGACCAGGAACCAUUCCAAGUGAGCGAGUGCGCCCGGAUUAAGUUGUCGGUGACGAAGGUGAACAGCCUCAAAGCGUACUGUUGGAACCAGGAGCACGGCUGUGAGUACGUGGGUACUCUGCAAGACAUUCUCACACACUGCGAAGAGGAGUGCUCCUUUCACGCCGUAGCCUGCCCGCGUUGCAGACAGAACGUUCUGCACGCUGAUCUGCCGGCUCACUACGCGGCAGGCUGUGGUGGCGAGAGCGAGUCAUCGACCGAAAUUGACGAGCCUUCGGAACAGGACGGCGAAUUUGCCUCCCACGACGAAGGUUUUAGUCUGGAAGAUCUGAAGGCGUUCCUGAUGGAGCUUGAGGUGCUCGACACAGAUUCGCAGGAACAGAAUUAGAGCGUACUGUUUCGACUGAAACUAUGAGAGAGUUCUUGAGAGGACGACCUCUUUUUUUUUACCCUUAUGUGAUACAACCGUGAGGACGCAGGGACAUUUUCUCGAAUAUUUCUAUUUUCGAUUUCCCCUGGUGUUUACAAGGGCCAUGCACGGCAGUGAUAUUUGGAACAACAGUGCCCAAGUCUGUUCGACAUCACGACACACCUUACUUCUUUUUGUUUUUUCUUGCAUAUUUAUUUGCCAAUCAACACUGAAGAUCACAGGAAGAUGGAUGCUUCAAGCAAUGAAAAGUGAUCUAGAAGGACUUUUCUCCUUCAGCCAGAUGCCAUGUUAGAUCACUGUUGAUGACAUUUUGGGUUGCUUUGUAUCCACUUUUUUUCUUGUUUCGCAAUCUUUACGCUGCCUCUGAGUCGUCGACUUAAGUGUGCGAAUAGAUCAAGUGGAAAUAAAGAUUUUCAUGCUUUUGCUAUGGCAGUUGCGUAAGUGAUAAAAGUUAGAACGCACACAGGACACUUUGCUGUUUUUUUUUCUGCCAAUGCAGUGGUGUAGCAGUAUGCUCGCUGUUUCAACUUAUCAAUUUAGAUCCCACUUAGGCCUACGUAUGAUUUAAAAAAAAGUAGAGACGCGCCUCAAAAGAGAGACAGAGUUACACGUACGCAAUUUUUCCUUGGGAAAGCAAUACCAAGCCUUGGGAAAGCCAAACUUAAACCAACCCUAACAAAACCUUGAGGAAGCAUAUCAUGGAAAGCAAAGCGUCAUGUGCUUCCCAUGAUUCUCUCCUUGAUGUGCUCUCCCAUGAUGUGAUCUCCAAUGAUGUGCUCUCCCAUGAUGUGCU